CAUCAGGAGCGGGGUGACUCCGAGUUGCCUCGCAGUAUGUUUCCUGAGACACAGUGGAAAACCGAGCCGAGGCAGCCGUCCUCUUUCAGACAUUUGGAAGCACCAGCAGCCUCUCUUACUGAAGACAGAGUCCUCCUCCGAGACUUCAUCUCAACGAGAACAGCAGAUACGUGUUUAAAAACCACCAGCAGGUUUAUUUGAGAGGUCACUAACUGAGCGGCUGCUCCUGAAGUCCCAUCUGCACACAGUGUUUGAGUGUCACAGCCCCGCCACCAGGACCCUGCUGGGCUCCAGACGGCGUGGGAUGUUCCUCUGGGUGAACGCCGCGGCAGUCAGACACAACAGCUCACAGAUCCCAGUUGAAAGAGUUUCAGUACCAGUAGUGGACAUCUCUCCCCCUCCUCCGGUCUUGGUUUCCUCUCCAGAGCCUGCGUCCGCUGUUUUAACGCAACCAGCCAUUGAGCAUGUGACUGAUGCUGUGCCGACUGCAGCGGAGGUCUUGCAGGCUGCCACUAGAGAAACCAGUUUAACAGAGCUCGGAUUGGCCCAAUACACACCAGUGGGGAUGGUCCAGAACUUCUUAGACUCCAUGCACUUGGACCUUGGUUUGCCCUGGUGGGGGGCCAUAGUUGUAGCAACAGUGUUUGUUCGUUUGGCUGUGUUUCCGGUCAUUGUGAGCACCCAGAAGGAGGCAGCCAAGACGCACAAUUUGUUGCCUGAGAUGACCAAAAUCAAUAGCAGGCUGGAUGAGGCAGUAGAAAGUGGAGACAAAGUUAAAUUUGCCAAAAUCUACUCUGAAAUGAACUUGUUCCAGAAGGAGCAUGAUGUAAAGAAUCGCAGUGGCUUCCUAGUUCCUAUGCUGCAGGGACCAAUCUUCAUGUCUUUCUUCUUGGCACUGAGGGAGAUGGCCCAUCUGCCGGUGCCCAGCUUGCAGACCGGAGGCAUGCUCUGGUUUCCAGACCUGACAGCAGUAGAUCCCUUUUAUAUCCUGCCUUUGGCUUCCACUGGCACCAUGUUCUUAAUCAUGCAGUUGGGUAUAAAGUCUAACAUCGAUAGCCCCUAUGGGCAAGCCCUGAAGAAUAUGUCCAGGAUCAUGCCCUUUCUCGUCUUCCCCCUCACCAUGAACUUCCCCGCGGCGGUGUUUACCUACUGGCUGACCUCCAACUGCUUCUCCUUGGGUCAACUCGCCCUACUCAGACACCCCUCGGUUAAAUAUAUCUUAGGGAUCCCCGAGAGGAUCCAACACCCGCCCUCCAACCUGCCACGUCAAAACAUGAUCGAAAGCAUGAUGAAGAGCUGGAGAAAGGCUCAGCUGGUCAUGGAGAUGGAAGAGAAGGAAAGGAGAACCAAAAAUCAACUGGACGUCACAGAUAACGGUCCUUCUUCUUUUCAGACUUUUGACCACAAUCCUCUCGAGCAGACCCCACCCGUACCGUCAGCUAAAGACAAAGAAGCUGGUGGCAAGGCGAGGCCAUGGAAGGACACAAUUGGAUAGAUCAGACUGGCUGACUGCUUGACAAUGAAAACACUGAAGGAUUCCUGGGGCUCUCUUACCGAUGAGGCUUCGUAGCCGCAGUGGCCUCUUAUGUGCCGGAGUGUAGCAGCAGAGGAAGUAGACGGGCACUCCUGACAGUGCGAUGCCAAUGCCGAUCAGGGAGUUGAUGGUGUCACUGUAGAGCGGCACCACCACGAGGAAGACGGUGAGGAGACAGAAAACGAUGGGGAAAAAAAGACUGAGCUGAAGAAGAAAGAAAGAAGAGGUUGGAUGAUGGUUGGAAUCAAUUAUGUAGUUCUAUAGCACCUUUCAAAAACAAAAUGUAAAUAAUAUUCAGUAAAGUAAAUUUUAAAAAUGCAGUAAAAAAAAAAGUUACCUUUA